CUUUCUAGAUGCAGAAUUCUCCAUAAUGGUGUAGGGAGUGAAUAACCUCUUUCCCAAGUUCUCUCUGAUACGAACCAUUUUACGCAUAGAAAUGUUUUGGAAACUGUAUACCGAGUUUUAACCUGAGGGCUAAACAGGUACAAAUCAGUUCUAGAAGGACGCUACAGGACCAGUCAGAACGGUUUGUUGGUGGUCCAAAGGCAUUUCCCUCCCUGCAGAAACUGGUAUUGUUCGGAAUGCACCUGUAUGCAAUAUGGGCCACAUCGCAAUGCGGAACAGGUAUUGCAAAAAGGCGGGUUCUGCAAGCCUCGAAUUCGAUAAAAGCUGUGGAAACCUUGUUGGGUUUCCUUGGUGUUCGUUUGUGUGUUAUGGACAUCGUUAAACUGCAGAGAGAAAUUCCGGAGCGCAGCUAUCUUAGAACUAAUCAACGGUCCAAUUACCGAUGAUGGUUAGUGCCAUACGAAGGGGGGUGGCUGUUUCACUACUAAAAACGAAUUUUCAACUGAAAUCCCCCGUACCGUUGGAAAGUUUGGUGAUAACGAAUGGUGAAGGGUACCGCUAUUGUUUAUGGACAACGAUUAUAAAAGCGCAGUGGCUUUUAUUGAAAUCUCACUAGAGGAUCCAUGGUGCAUCUCCUAACGUGUCUAUUGUUCCAGGACCGCCUUGUUUCAGUCCCUUAUUGUAUCACUUCCAAACUUUUGAG